GGUGCGGAGCGGCGUGUGCCCAGCGGCCCCCACAGGGAGGCGAGAGCAGCGGCCGCGACCUCGGGGCCUGCGAGCUGGAGGGCCCCGCCAUGGCCAAGUCCGGCGGCUGCGGCGCGGGAGCCGGCAAUGGGGCGCUGACCUGGGUGACUCUUUUUGAUCAGAACAAUGCUGCAAAAAAAGAAGAGUUAGAAGCUGCAAACAAAAAUGAUUCUUCAAAGAAGUUGUCUGUUGAGAGAGUGUAUCAGAAGAAGACACAACUUGAACACAUUCUGCUUCGUCCUGAUACAUAUAUUGGAUCAGUGGAGCCCCUAACACAGUUGAUGUGGGUAUAUGAUGAAGAUGUAGGAAUGAAUUGCAGAGAGGUUACUUUUGUUCCAGGUUUAUACAAGAUCUUUGAUGAAAUUUUGGUUAACGCUGCUGACAAUAAGCAGAGGGAUAAGAAUAUGACCUGUAUUAAGAUUUCUAUUGAUCCUGAAUCUAAUAUUAUAAGCAUUUGGAAUAAUGGAAAAGGCAUUCCAGUAGUAGAACACAAAGUAGAGAAAGUUUAUGUUCCAGCUUUAAUAUUUGGACAGCUUUUAACAUCCAGUAACUAUGAUGAUGAUGAAAAAAAAGUUACAGGUGGCCGCAAUGGUUAUGGUGCAAAACUUUGUAAUAUUUUCAGUACAAAGUUUACAGUAGAAACAGCUUGCAAAGAAUACAAACAUAGUUUUAAACAGACAUGGAUGAAUAAUAUGAUGAAGACUUCUGAAGCCAAAAUUAAACAUUUUGAUGGUGAAGAUUACACAUGCAUAACAUUCCAACCAGAUCUGUCUAAAUUUAAGAUGGAAAAACUUGACAAGGAUAUUGUGGCCCUCAUGACCAGAAGAGCAUAUGAUUUGGCUGGUUCAUGUAAAGGGGUUAAAGUUAUGUUUAAUGGAAAGAAAUUGCCAGUAAAUGGAUUUCGCAGUUAUGUAGAUCUUUAUGUGAAAGACAAAUUGGAUGAAACUGGGGUAGCCCUGAAAGUUAUUCAUGAACUUGCAAAUGAAAGAUGGGAUGUUUGUCUUACAUUGAGUGAAAAAGGAUUCCAGCAAAUCAGCUUUGUAAAUAGUAUUGCAACUACAAAAGGUGGACGACAUGUGGAUUAUGUAGUAGAUCAAGUUGUUGGUAAACUGAUUGAAGUAGUUAAGAAAAAGAACAAAGCUGGUGUAUCAGUGAAACCAUUUCAAGUAAAAAACCAUAUAUGGGUUUUUAUUAAUUGUCUUAUUGAAAAUCCAACUUUUGAUUCUCAGACUAAGGAAAACAUGACUCUGCAGCCCAAAAGUUUUGGGUCCAAAUGCCAACUAUCAGAAAAAUUUUUUAAAGCAGCCUCUAAUUGUGGCAUUGUAGAAAGUAUCCUGAACUGGGUGAAAUUUAAAGCUCAGACUCAGCUGAAUAAGAAAUGUUCAUCUGUAAAAUAUAGUAAAAUCAAAGGUAUUCCCAAACUGGAUGAUGCUAACGAUGCUGGUGGCAAACAUUCCCUGGAGUGUACCCUGAUAUUAACAGAAGGAGACUCUGCCAAAUCACUGGCAGUGUCUGGAUUAGGUGUAAUUGGGCGAGACAGAUAUGGAGUCUUUCCCCUAAGGGGUAAAAUUCUUAAUGUAAGAGAAGCUUCUCAUAAACAGAUCAUGGAAAAUGCAGAAAUAAACAAUAUUAUUAAAAUAGUUGGUCUACAGUACAAGAAAAGUUAUGAUGAUGCAGAGUCUCUAAAAACAUUACGUUAUGGGAAGAUUAUGAUUAUGACUGAUCAGGAUCAAGAUGGUUCUCACAUAAAAGGCCUGCUUAUUAAUUUCAUCCAUCACAAUUGGCCAUCACUUCUGAAACAUGGUUUUCUUGAAGAAUUUAUUACUCCCAUUGUAAAGGCAAGCAAAAAUAAGCAGGAACUUUCCUUCUACAGUAUUCCUGAAUUUGAUGAGUGGAAAAAACAUAUAGAAAACCAAAAAGCCUGGAAAAUAAAAUACUACAAAGACAAAGCAUUUGACUUAUAAUGAUUUCAUCAACAAGGAAUUGAUCCUGUUCUCAAACUCAGAUAAUGAAAGAUCUAUACCAUCUCUUGUUGAUGGCUUUAAACCAGGCCAACGUAAAGUUUUAUUUACCUGUUUCAAGAGGAAUGAUAAACGAGAAGUUAAAGUCGCCCAGUUGGCUGGAUCUGUUGCUGAAAUGUCUGCUUAUCAUCAUGGAGAACAAGCAUUGAUGAUGACUAUUGUGAAUUUGGCUCAGAAUUUUGUGGGAAGUAACAAUAUUAACUUGCUUCAGCCCAUUGGUCAAUUUGGAACUCGGCUUCAUGGUGGCAAAGAUGCUGCAAGCCCUCGUUAUAUUUUCACAAUGUUAAGCUCUCUAGCAAGACUACUUUUUCCUGCUGUGGAUGACAACCUGCUUAAGUUCCUUUAUGAUGAUAAUCAGCGUGUAGAGCCUGAGUGGUAUAUUCCCAUAAUUCCCAUGGUUUUAAUAAAUGGUGCUGAGGGCAUUGGUACUGGAUGGGCUUGUAAACUGCCCAACUAUGAUGCUAGGGAAACUUCCAAAUUACAAAAAUUUUAAAGGUACAAUCCAGGAACUUGGUCAAAACCAGUAUGCAGUCAGUGGUGAAAUAUUUGUGGUGGAUAGAAACACAGUGGAAAUUACAGAGCUUCCAGUUAGAACUUGGACACAGGUAUACAAGGAACAGGUUUUAGAACCUAUGCUAAAUGGAACAGAUAAAACACCAGCACUAAUUUCUGAUUAUAAAGAAUAUCAUACUGAUACAACUGUGAAAUUUGUGGUGAAAAUGACAGAAGAGAAACUAGCACAAGCAGAAGCUGCUGGAUUACAUAAAGUUUUUAAACUUCAAACUACUCUUACUUGUAAUUCCAUGGUACUUUUUGAUCAUAUGGGAUGUCUGAAGAAGUAUGAAACUGUGCAAGACAUUCUGAAAGAAUUCUUUGAUUUACGAUUAAGUUAUUAUGGUUUACGUAAGGAAUGGCUUGUAGGAAUGCUGGGAGCAGAAUCUACAAAACUUAACAAUCAAGCCCGUUUCAUUUUAGAGAAGAUACAAGGGAAAAUUACUAUAGAGAAUAGGUCAAAGAAAGAUUUGAUUCAAAUGUUAGUCCAGAGAGGUUAUGAAUCUGACCCAGUGAAAGCCUGGAAAGAAGCACAAGAAAAGGCAGCAGAAGAGGAAGAAACACAAAACCAACAUGAUGAUAGUUCCUCUGAUUCAGGAACUCCUUCAGGCCCUGAUUUUAAUUAUAUUUUAAAUAUGUCUCUGUGGUCUCUUACUAAAGAAAAAGUUGAAGAACUGAUUAAACAGAGAGAUGCAAAAGGCCGAGAGGUCAAUGAUCUUAAAAGAAAAUCACCUUCAGAUCUUUGGAAAGAAGAUUUAGCAGCAUUUGUUGAAGAACUGGAUAAAGUGGAAGCACAAGAACGAGAAGAUAUUCUGGCAGGAAUGUCUGGGAAAGCAAUAAAAGGUAAAGUUGGCAAACCUAAGGUGAAGAAACUUCAGUUGGAAGAGACAAUGCCUUCACCUUAUGGGAGAAGAGUAGUUCCUGAAAUUACUGCUAUGAAGGCAGAUGCCAGCAAAAAGUUGUUGAAGAAGAAGAAGGGUGAUCUUGAUACUACAGUAGUAAAAGUGGAAUUUGAUGAAGAAUUCAGUGGAACACCAGCAGAAGGUACAGGAGAAGAGGCAUUGGUCCCAUCAGCUCCUAUAAAUAAAGGUCCAAAGCCCAAAAGGGAAAAAAAGGAGCCUGGUACCAGGGUUAGAAAAACACCUACAGCAUCUGGUAAACCUAGUGCAAAAAAAGUGAAGAAACGGAAUCCUUGGUCGGAUGAUGAAUCCAAGUCAGAGAGUGACUUGGAAGAAACAGAACCUGUGGUUAUUCCAAGAGAUUCUUUGCUUAGGAGAGCAGCAGCUGAAAGACCUAAGUACACAUUUGAUUUCUCAGAAGAGGAAGAUGAUGAUGCCGAUGAUGAUGAUGAUGACAAUAAUGAUUUAGAGGAAUUGCAAGUUAAAGCAUCUCCCAUAAUAAAUGAUGGGGAAGAUGAAUUUAUUCCUUCAGAUGGCUUGGAUAAAGAUGAAUAUACAUUUUCUCCCAGCAAAUCUACUCCAGAAAAAUCUUUGCAUGACAAAAAAAAUCAGGAUUUUGGGAAUCUCUUUUCAUUUCCUUCAUACUCUCAGAAGUCAGAAGAUGAUUCAGCUAAAUUUGACAGUAAUGAAGAAGAUACUGCUUCUGUUUUUUCACCAUCAUUUGGUCUGAAGCAAACAGACAAAGUUCCAAGUAAAACAGUAGCCGCUAAAAAGGGAAAGCCACCUUUGGAUACAGCUUCUAAAUCCAAGAGAGCCCCCAAGCAGAAGAAAGUAGUGGAAACUAUAAACUCUGACUCAGAUUCAGAAUUUGGCGUUCCAAAGAAGACUGCAACACCAAAAGGUAAAGGCCGAGGGGCAAAGAAAAGGAAAGCAUCUAGCUCUGAAAAUGAAGGUGAUUAUAACCCUGGCAGGAAAUCAUCCAAAACAACAAGCAAGAAACCGAAGAAAACAUCUUUUGAUCAGGAUUCAGAUGUGGACAUCUUCCCCUCAGACUUCACUUCUGACCCACCUUCUCUGCCACGGACUGGUCGGGCUAGGAAAGAAGUAAAAUAUUUUGCAGAGUCUGAUGAAGAAGAUGUUGAUUUUGCAAUGUUUAAUUAAGUGCCCCAAGAGCACAAACAUUUUAACAAGUACCUUGUGUUGUCCUUUUGUCUUUUCUGUCUCAGACUUUUGUACAUCUGGCUUAUUUUAAUGUGAUGAUGUAAUUGAUGGUUUUUUAUUGUGGUAGGCCUUUUAACAUUUUGUUCUUACACAUAGUUUUAUGCUCUUUUUUACUCAUUGAAAUGUCAUGUACUGUCUAAUUGGCUAGUAGAAUUGUUAUAGAUUGCCAUGCACUAGCACAGAUUUUAAUUGUCAUGUUUGCAGACUACAGACCUGCUUUUUGAAAUGAAAUUUAAACAUUAAAAAUG